UGGUGCUUCGCUUUAGGGAGGGAGUAACGCCAGCUGUAUCUGAACUCGCAGUCCAAUGCUUGCAUUCCUCCCUAUGAUUCCUCCUUUCAUCAAAGGCUGUAAGAAAGGGGGAAAUCGUAAAUAAUAACAGCCAGACGCACUGAACGGAUACGAACGCCGAUUCGCGCAUAAUAGGCCUACAGGAGAAGCAGAAGCUCUGGAAUACCACCAUCUCUAACGUCGGCUAAGGUCCGCGGAUCCGACGAGACGUGACUGAUUUUGCUUUUGAUUUCGCGUAAACAGAUAAGGAAAGAGACGAAAACGAUUGAUGAACGUCUUUUUUCUUUUUAAAAGGAACACAAGAUGGCUGAUGAAAGAAACCGAUAACGAGGACCAAACGGCGCCGUCCCCUUUAAGACUAAAAAAGGUUUAUGAACCCUACAUUUUUAUAAGUUUAAUGUCAUAGUCGGACAGGUUAAAGUUAGCCUUUAGUAGUCAUGGUGACAUUAUGUUGUAAUACAGAGUAGCUUAGUGCGCCAAGGAUAGAUGGAUAUGUUGGAUAAGGGACUAUUAGUUUGUAUUUUUAUGUGGCCCGUGAUGAAAUGAGCAUAAGCUAUUAUCAUCUGCUAUUAUCACCAGGAAUAAUUUUCAUAUCCUAUAUGCUGCGCGAGUGUUGGCAAAUUUGCCUAAUAGCCCAGGCUACCUUGAGGUACGCUGUAAGGUUAAUGGCAGAUUGACUAAAAAUGUAGUGAUGGCACACUGCCUACAUAGCUAUGCAUAACUUGUGCGCUACGAAGAAGGCUACUUUCCCUUAUUUCUAGUAAUACACAUAGUGAGUAUGUUAUUAUUAUGUAACAAAAGACCAAUGGCUAUUUCACGUUUUAUAGCAUAUGUAACAAUAGACUGGUGACCAAUACUCAUUUUAAUAUAUUAUUAGUUAGCGCAUGUCCUUUGACUAUUGUGUUUCUGGACUUGACAUUUAAACCAGUUAAACGGUUUCCUUUAUUGUCUGAUGUUGUUUCCACAAAGUGUUGGGGCAAAUGUAAAGCAAAAGGCAGCCUUGGCUGCAUGUAAUAUCACUUAUAGCAUUGGCUUUACAGAAUAAAAUCCUGCCUCGUUUUCGAUGAGUCGCCUGUUUGUCGGAUGUGAAAACAUUUUAUGACAUUUCCGUCACUAUGUAUUUGUGACGUUUCCGUCUCAAGUCUACCCAGAUUCGCUUUACGCACACAUGGCAUGCUUGGCAAAGUGGGCUUAGUUGCCGUGUACACUUAGAACUGUUGAUGUGCCAUGUUUAAGCUUAUACAGCACAGAGAAAGAUAGUAAACGUUAGAUUAAAUGCAGUGAUUGGUUAGUACACCUUGGUUUAGUGGAGGUAUAGUCAUUUUACUUGCCUAUAUUAUUACAAGAAGCAGAGAAGAGAAGGAAGAGCUUGUUUAUCCCACAUAAGUCUCACAAUUUAACAUUGGCAUUAAGCGUUAGAGAGACUUUUUACCUUUACUUUUUACGCCUUGGUAUUGAAGCUUCAGUCAGUACAAUUGACUUUUACGCAUUGCCAGUAGUGGCAGUUGCUUUGCGUCAUUUCGGUUGCCCUUCGGCCUUUUCGUAUGUUUUGGUCAAAACAGAAUACGUUAAAUCUGGAUCACUCAAGCUCGACCCUAAUUCAGCUCUGGUUUUGACUCGCCUGAGCUGUUGUUUUAGCAAAACAUUAUUGGCCUAACUUACAGGUGAAACAAAGGUGUCAUAAAGGUAUCGCCAGUCACAUUAAUUCAUUGCUACAACUGCUAACAUUAAGUCAUAUACGACGGAUUAAUGCAACGACAUGACUGAUAGUCAUCCUUCAAUCCUUGCAGAGUUGGUCCGGUUUUUGCGAGCGUACUUCGAGCCAGUAAAGGGAGUGCAUAUCACAAUGCCAUAUUAAACCACUGAGACUGGUUGAGUAAUUUGAGCUUAUAAAAGGAACGAAGCCAAAUGAUGACUAUGGCGGAAAACUGGAAAAACUCUUUUGAGGAGGAGCUCAUCUGUCCUAUAUGUUUGCACGUGUUCUCUGAGCCAAUCCAGCUACCGUGCAAACACAACUUUUGUAGGGGAUGCAUAAAUGAGGCUUGGUCCAAAGAUACAAGUGUGGUGCGAUGUCCGGAGUGCAACCAUGCUUACAGUCAGAAGCCGAGUUUGGAGAAGAACCACAAACUGUCAAAUAUUGUUGAAAAAUUCAAUGCUCUCAACGUGGAGAAAGCACCUACUGUUCUCCACUGCAUCUUCUGUCGGCGAGGACCUCCGAUGCCGGCGCAAAAAGUUUGCCUCCGGUGUAAUGCACCUUGCUGCCAAUCGCAUGUACAAACACAUCUGCAGCAGCCGUCCUCCAAUCCCGGACACCUACUGGUCGAGGUGGAGGAUGUGAAGGCGUGGACUUGCCCUCAACACGACGAAUACAGGCUGUAUCACUGCGAAACGGAGCAGGUGGCCGUCUGCCAGUACUGCUGUUUCUCCAGGUGUGCUGCCAAUCACGGCCACGCCAUGUGUGAUAUUGACGUGAGACGACAUGACAUCAGGCAAAUGUUGAUUAAACAGCAGGAGCGUUUGGAUGAUCGCUCUCAGGACAUGGAAGAACAGCUCUACAAACUGGAAACAGACAAGUGUCUGGUAGAGAGUAAGGUGGAGCGUCUGAGGCAGGAGGUGCAGCUGCAGUAUCAGAAGAUGCAGCAGCUCCUGGAGGACGACUUGGCCAAGACGGUGGCCGUGCUGGACAAGGCUCACGCCCGCUUCUGCCAGGAGAACGCCGCCCAGUGCCUGCAGCUCCGCCACCGCCAGCAGGACGCGCACAAGCUGCUGCAGACCGCCCAGGCACUCUUCGACAAGUCCGAGGACAUCAACUUCAUGAAGAACACAAAAUCAGUGAAGAUUCUAAUGGACAGGUCGCAGUCCUGUGUAGGCACCGCCCUACCUCCCCACAAAGUAGGCAGCCUCAGCUCCAAGCUCUUUCUGGCCGAGAUCUCCAAGAAGGAGAAGAGCCUUCGGAAAAUGCUAGAAGUCCCCUUCUCUGCUCCUGCUGGUUUCCUACAGUCGGUGCCAGCGUACGUCUGUGGCGUGAGCAGCUCUGGAGCUGAGAAGCGCAGGCACUCCUCCGCCUUCCCAGAGGGCAGUGGGAGUGGUCGGGACCCAUCCUCUUCCUCCUCCUCAUCUUCCAGCUCGGCUGCCAAGCAGUCCUUCCUGGGCCCUUCCCCUCUUCCAGAGCCCCCCUCCUCUCAGCCCGGGGCUGGAGCCUGCGGUUCGGCCCACCACGUGGCCGGGCUGAGUGGGGGCAGCAGAGGCUCAGUCGGGGGAGCCAGUGGAGGCGGCUCCGUGGGUCCAGGCGGAGGCUCGCAGCCGCUCCACCACACCGGCUCGGUCUUCACCUCCUCGCACUACUCGAGCGGCGGCGGAGGUGCCAGCUCCCAGCAGGCCAUGCUGCCCCAGUACGGCGGCCGCAAGAUCCUCAUGUGCACGGUGGACAACUGCUACUGCUCAGGGGUUCCUUCUGUGUCCGGCCACCGCUCCCACCCACCUUACCCGCGCUCCGGAAGCUUCCCAUGGGCCGUGAGCCCCCAGGACUAUCCCCCGGCCCUGCCUCCCACCUCCUCCAUGCCGGUGCGGGAUUGGAUCGAAGCUUCCCAGACUCACCGCCACCCUGACUUCUACAGCCUCUACGGGCAGGCCUCCACCAAGCACUACGUCACUAGCUAACCCACGCUAAUCAGACCCUGGGCCACAGAGAGGAUUUUGCUCUGUCCUCUUAAACAUGCCUCUGUGGUCAACUGAGUCCAACUUAAGUCUGCAAACAUCUUCGGCAUCACCUAGUUUUUCAAACUAAAAUCAAGCUAACAAAAAACAAAAACACUAUUUGAAUAGAAAUCAAUACAGCUACUUGAACUGAAAUAAAUACUAACUGUUGGCUCUCUGCAUCCAGGUCUGCUUGAUAGGGUGGCUCGUGGGAACAGUGGGCUUUUGCUUUGUUUUGUUGCUCUUUUAAUGAGCAUCAUGUUGAAAACUGAGCUGUGUAUUUCACACCUAUAGUGCAUGUGAAAGCACUGUCAACUCUGAUGCAUCUUGUGUCUAUGUUCCAAGAAGGUUUUUAAUUUCAGGUGUUAUAUUUAUUACUGCAGAAGCCGGCAGACAUGCAAUAACAAAAAAAAAAAAAACAUGUUUCAUGUAAGAACACUGACAGAGCAACUCCAUGCAUGAGCCUGAUUUAACAGAGUGCUUUUGAGAUUAUUUUAUACACAUUUUGCUGCAUUUGUUCCAGUUAUGCAUACUCUAGUGGAGAGAAAUCAUGCUAGUUCAGUCAUUUUUAUAUUCCCCUCAGCUGGCCACUGGCGGUCUGCAGUGGUUUCCUAUGCAGGACCAUGGCUAAAGGAGCUCAGAUGAAUGCGGUUCAGCCUAGCCCCGACUCCCUGACAAGAAUCUUUGUCAGUGUCAGCAUUUUCAUACAGGCGCGUGGUGGAGACAUCAUUUUCUUUGAUUUCUUACAUUCUGAAAUCCACCCUCCCCCUCCUCUAUUUUAUUAACAUUGUUAAUAUUAUUUAAUAUUUGAGUGAAGAUCUCCACAUUUUUCUGUUGCCUGAGGAGGUCCUCUCCUCCAUUCGUGGCUGGAGGCUGCAGGGUUGCAAAUUCCUGGCUUUUACUGGCUUCCCACAAAACCCCACCCAGCAGAAUACAAA